AUGAUCCAUUUUUGCUCCGAGUCGUUUGAUGAUUUGGAAUCCGAACUUUUUGAUUCUUCUGAGCCGUGUGUCGGCGAUGAAGAUUGUUUUGUUGGUCAAGUUUCUGAGUAUUGUUCAAACUCAGGACUUGAUAUUGAUUCAGUUGGUAAACCGUUUGUUGGUUCCACUGAUGAUUCUUGUUUUAUUUCUGAACCGUAUGUCGGUUCUACUGUUGUUUGUUUGGAGUCUGAACCGUGUGUCAGUUCAGCUCCUAUUUGUUUUGAUUCUGAAUCGUUGGUCGAUUCGGAUAUUGUUCCUUUUGAUUAUGAACCGUUGGUCGGUUCUUCUUUUAUUUCUUGUUCUGAUUCUAAACCGUUGGUCGGUUCUGAUGAUGAUAUUGUCUUACCUUCUUUUGAUUUUUUGGUGGAUUCAAUUACUGAACCUUCUCCGCCUAUUGUUAAACCUAUUGUUACACCAAAAUCCCGUUUUUCUCCAUUCUUUUACUUAUCUUUUGUUACCAUCAUGUUGUUUUCCUUGAUUUUAAUUGUCGUCUGGCAUCCUUUUUCAAUCUUGGAUUUAAGUCAUUCAGUCCAUCACGUUUUUGUUGCUGAAUCUACUACUUCUGCUGAGGCCAACUUAGUUGUUGGGUCUGAUUCUUUGACUUUAUCCAUGAUACCGCCUUGUGACCGCGUUGUUCUUCGAGAUGUUUUAUAUGUUCCUAAGAUUCCUCGCAAUUUAUUUGCUGCUCGUCGAGCUACUGCUGGUGGUUGUCGGUUCAUUCAAGACCUUAACCAUAUUUCUGCUGUUGAAAAUGGCAAAACUCGAGUCCACGCCAUUGCCAUGGGUGACUUGUACUUUUGUCGUUUCCGAGUUGUUUUGCCUUCCAAGCCAGUUCAUGAGGUGUUUGCUGUUGAGUCGUCUGCCAAUCUUUGGCACAAGCGACUUGGUCACGCCAGUGUGGACGUUCUCAAGAAAUUAUCUAAGUCACUUUCUGUCAAGCCUACUCAUUUUGAGGUUGUGGAUAGUCAUAAGUGUGACGCUUGCUUGGGUGGCAAAGCCACAGCAUUGCCAUUUAAUGGUACCACAGAAAAAGCUAGUCGUCCUUUGGAAUUAUUUGUUUCUGAUUUGAGCGGUCCUCAUGUCGCUACCCCUGUGGGUCAUCGUUAUGUCUUAACCAUUAUGGAUUAUUAUUCCAGGUAUUCUUAUGUGGAGUUGCUGGCCAGGAAAAGUGAUGCAAGUCUUGCCAUUCGUAAUUUUAUUGCUAGGUGUGAAUCUUAUUUUUCUGGUGAUUCUGCUGGUGAUCGAGUUGCAUAUUUUCAUUCUGAUAAUGGCGGCGAAUACAUUUCCAAAGACCUGGAGCAGUUCUUUGUGUCUAAGGGUAUCAAGCAUACUUAUACAGUUCCUCAUACUCCUCAACAAAAUGGUGUUGCUGAGCGAUUGAAUCGCACAUUAUUUGAGAAAGCCAAGUCUAUGCUUUUAUAUGCUCAUGCUCCUGAAUACUUAUGGGGUGAAGCUGUCAAGUCUGCUAAUUAUAUUAGGAACCGUCUUCCUAGUCGUACCACUGGUGGUGUUGCACCUCUUCAACUUUGGACUGGUAAACCUCCUAGUUAUCACCAUAUGAAAGUAUUUGGUUGUCAAGCUACAGUUGUUCUUCCUGGUGCUAAAAGAGAAUCUAAGUUAAGUUCAAAUACUGAAGCUGGUGUUUUGUUGGGUAUUCUUUGGAUCGUACAGCUUAUCGAGUUCUUCUUGAUUCAAGCAUUUGAUAAGGACUUGUCUAUUAAUGCUACUGGUGUUGGGUUUAGUGUUGGUUCUGGUUCAGGGUCCAUGUCAGGACCUUGUUUUGAUUCUAAGGGGACUGGUUUAGGAUCUAAUGUUAGAUCUUUACCAGCAUCCUCAUCUGGUUCUGGUUCUGGUUCUAUUUGUGCUUUACCGUCUCCGUCUCCGUCUUCUUCUCCGUCUCAUUCUCCGUCGCCGCCUCCUUCUUCUUCUUCUUCUUCUAUUAUUGUUCAUAAGCCUCGUUCUGUUCGUCGCAUUUUGUCUACACCUUCUGCUCCUCUUGAGUCUCCUACUCUUCCUUCUAUUGCUUCUGUUCCAUCUCUUCCUAGUUCUCCUAUUCUUCCACCUUCAGAUCAUGAUGUCUCUAUCUCUCCUGACUCUAGUCCUAUUAUUUCUUCUUCGGAAUAUAUUCCUUCACAAUUAGACUUAUCUGAAACUGGUCCAUCUAUUAAUGAAUCUGAUAUUUCAGCUGGUGUUAGUGUUGUCACUAAGGAUGAUACUCAAGCUGUUUUGCCUAAAUCUCGAUCUCGUGUUGUUGCUGUUCGUUUACCUUCUAUAACUCCUGCCAAACGCCCGAGUUCUGAUGACAUUGUUUCACCUCCUUCUAAACACCUUUGUGAAAAUUCUUUGAAACAAUCUCCAGUGUCUGCAACACCUGCAAAACGUCCAGCUGAAGAAGAGUGUAUUUCUUAUCGUCGUCUCAAAUCUCUCCGCUUUGACUAUGAUGAUGUGGCUUUACUUGUUUUUACAGAUCCUAGUAGUUUUGAAGAAGCUAUGUCUAGUGAAGAAGCUGAGUUUUGGCUUGAAGCCUGUGUUAUUGAAAUGUCGUCUCUUAAACGCAAUGGUACUUGGGAAUUGGUUGAUCUCCCACCUGGUCGCAAGGCUAUCAAUAGCAAAUGGGUAUUUAAAGUUAAGCGCAAAGCUGACGGUUCAAUUGAACGUUACAAAGCUCGUCUCGUGUGUAUUGGAUUUUCGCAAGUUGAAGGUAUUGAUUAUACUGAAACUUUUGCUCCCGUUGUUCGUUACGAGACUGUGAGGAUUGUUCUUGCUAUUGCUGCUCAGUUUGGGUUCCAGGUUCAUCAUAUGGAUGUCGAGACUGCAUUUCUUAAUGGUGAUCUCAAAGAAGAUAUUUAUAUGAGACAACCUAAAGGCUUUGUUGUCAAAGGUCAGGAAUCUAAAGUGUGUCAUUUGAAGAAGUCUUUAUAUGGUUUAAAGCAAGCUCCUUUGUGUUGGAAUGAGAAGAUUCAUGGUGCUCUUGUCAAACUUGGGUUUAUUCGUAAUGAAAGUGACUACGGUGUUUAUACUAAAGGAUCUGGGUCUACCAUGGUCAUUAUUGCACUUCUUUCAUCUAUGUUUAAGAUGAAAGACUUGGGCCCAGUCGAGCAGUUCCUUGGCAUGAGAGUUAAGCUGUCACCUUACCAUAUUACUGUGGAUGUUUCGCGUUAUAUUUUUGAUAUGUUGGAAGAGUUUGGUAUGCAGAAUUGUUCAAGUGUUAAGACUCCUUUACCCACUCGUGAUCUUUCUGACUUUUCCGAGUCUGACUCUGCUACCGAUGCCUCCAUGUAUCGCAGUAUUAUUGGAAAGCUGAUUUAUGCUGCUAAUUGUGCUCGUCCUGAUCUUGCUGUUGCUGUUAGCUUUCUUUGUCGAUAUAUGCAGAGUCCUAAGUCUAUUCAUAUGGAAGCUGCUAAGCAUACUCUUCGUUAUCUUAAGGGUACUGCUGAACUUGGUCUUGAAUAUCGAGCUCAGAAAGUCUACAAGCUUGUUGGUUAUAGUGAUGCCGACUAUGCACAGGACAAGCAGGACCGUAAGUCAUUUACUGGGUAUGUUUUCAUUCUGUCUGGUGGUCCCAUUACUUGGGCUUGUCGAAAGCAAUUGUUGUCUCUUUGCAAGAUUCCUAUUCCUUUGCCAGUGACUAUGUUUGAGGACAAUCAGGGAUGUAUUGCUUUGGCUCAGAACCCAGUGUUUCAUCGUCGCACCAAGCAUAUUGAUGUUCGUUAUCAUGUUGUGCGUCACUAUAUUCGCAGUGGAGUGAUUCAUCUGGAGUAUCUUGAUACUCAAGUGAUGUUGGCAGAUAUGUUUACUAAGAAUCUUGGUCGUGUGAAGUUUGAGACAUUAAGGGGACUACUUGGUAUGAAGGCAGUAGGUGAUUCUGCUGUUGAGCAUGCAAUGUUGUCGCAGACUAGUGCAGUUGAUAAUGCACGUGAGUUUGGUCUUUCCGGAUCAGUAUGCGAAUUUUCAAUUGGUGCCAAGUUGCCUAGGAACCUCAAAUCUAAGCCACAAACUGAGCUAGAAAUAACAAGGCAAAUUGAAGUUACUGAAAUGAUCAUGAAAUAUCUUGAAAAUGAUGAGCGAAGUCUGGAAGCUUGUGGUGGAUCCCAUAAUAUUAAGGCUAAGUUUUACAAAAGGAUCCUUUUUUUUCAAAGAGACCUUUCUGCGUACAUUAACAAGUAUGCACGGAUCAAAAAUAAAAACAACUCUUCUAGUCAUGUAAUGAUUGAAGAUAUUGUUGAAAUUGACUCUUUGGGUCCAGGAAUUCCCACCAAGUUUGCUGUGGUAAAGGAAUUUCAAAUUGGUGUUGUGAAGCCUCGCAAUUACAAACUGUGUCUGGAGUAG